GUUGAAUCCCGGAAGUAAAAGUUCACUUAUAGCAACAGUGACAGAGACAGUGACAGCGUUUUAAAGAGCGUUGAUUGAAAAUGUGGCUCUCUGUAGGAUUAAUCGUCGCAGUGUUGUUUAUUGCAUUGUUUUUUAAAUAUGUGUUGGGUACUUCCGGUCCGUGUCCUUUUGACAUCAACGCGAUCGAGUCUCCCAGACCAGUGGAGCUGAAUAAAAAGGAGAGAAACAAAGUGUUAAAGCAGGGCUUUUUGGUCAGCAGAGUCCCCCAGGACCUUGACGCCAUUGUGAUUGGCAGUGGUAUUGGUGGACUGAGCAUCGCCGUUCUGCUCGCCAAGGUUGGAAAGAAGGUCUUAGUGCUGGAACAACAUGAUCGAGCUGGAGGAUGUUGUCACACGUUCUCUGAGAAAGGCUUUGAGUUUGACAUUGGCAUCCACUACAUUGGUAACGUACAGAAGAAUAGGCUGUUUGGCUGCAUAGUGGAUCAGCUGACCAAUGGGCAGCUACAGUGGGAUCCACUGGAAAACCCUUUUGACCACGUGGUCCUGGGACCACCGGAGAACCGGCGCAUCUAUCCCAUUUACAGUGGGAUGGAGCGAUUUCCCCAGGAGUUGAAGAAGUGCUUCCCAGGAGAGGAGAAAGCCAUCGAUGAGUUUGUGAGACUGAUUCAGAAAUGUGGCAAUAGUGUGUGGACGAUGAUGAUGCUGAAGCUGCUCCCGUUCCCAGUGGCUAAGUUCUUGGUUUAUACUGGGCUUGCCAAUUGCAUGUCCUCCUUCUUCUCCUACGGCUCACGCAGCCUGGCCGAGGUGGUGAACAGCCUCACGGAGAAUAAAGAUCUCAGAGCCGUUCUCUGCUACAUCUUCGGUACCUAUGGCAAUCCUCCAAAAGAUGCCAGUUUCUCCAUGCACAGUUUGCUGGUGUGCCACUACAUGAACGGUGCCUGGUACCCUAAAGGUGGUGCGAGUCAGAUCGCCUAUAACAUGAUCCCUAUCAUCGAGAAGGCAGGAGGAGCCGUGCUUGUCAGAGCUCCGGUCAACCGAAUCCUGCUCAAUUCUGCCAAUGAGGCUAUAGGAGUGAGUGUGAUGAAGGGACAAGAUGAGGCCCAUGUGCAUGCUCCCAUUGUGAUCUCCGAUGCAGGAAUCUUCAACACCUACCAGCAGCUACUUCCUAAAGAGGUUCAGACUAGGCCAGAGAUCCAGAAACAGCUGAGCAUGCUAAAGCAUGGAGAUGCCGGCCUCAGCAUAUUCAUAGGUCUGGAUGGGACGAAAGACGAACUGGGCCUUAAAUCCAACAACUACUGGGUCUACUGCGAGAAUAAUCUUGACGAGCUGAUAAACAGCUACAUGACUGGAGAGAGGGAGGAAUCAGUAAAAAGCAUACCUCUGCUUUUUGUCGCCUCACCGUCUGCCAAAGAUUCCACCUGGGAGCUCAGAAACCCAGGGAAAUCCACACUGACUGUGGUCAGCUUCGCCCCUUACCCAUGGUUUGAAGAAUGGAAAGAUGAGAAAGUCAAGAACAGAGGGGCCGACUAUAAAGAGCUCAAGGCAGCCAUCAUCAACUCGGUUUUGGAGGUGGUAACUCAGAUUUUCCCCAAGAUCAAGGACAGGAUCGAGUACAUGGACGCCGGCACUCCCAUCACUAAUCAGCACUAUUUAGCAGCUCCUAAAGGAGAGAUCUACGGAGCUGAUCACUGCACUUCCCGCUUCACUGCAGACGUCUGUGCCACAAUCAGACCUCAAACUCCCAUCAAAAACCUCUUCCUCACAGGUCAAGACCUGUUUUCGUGUGGUUUUGCGGGGGCCAUCGCUGGAGCUUUAGUCUGCGGCUCUGUCCUUCUCAACCGCAACCUUUACAGUGAUGUCAAUGUCCUCCAAAAGAAACUGAAACAUGCCAACUCUAAGAAAGUCCAGUAAUCACAGACCGCAACACGUCCCCACCUGAUUUCAGUACCAGCAAGAAGGCACAUUAAUACCAACUGUUAACGAACAAAAUUAUUAUCAUAUAUCAUCACCUCAGUAAAUUAAUAUCUGCUCUACAGAGCCCUGAUUUUUAAUAAUAUAUGACUACUAGUGCACUUAUAUGAAAUUUAAAUAGCAAAUGACGGUUUUAGUAUUAUAGCUCAUUUUAGUAUUACAGACAAUGUAACAGUAACAAUGUACAGACGCAAUUUGUAUCAUGAUUUUUUACAUUUAUGAUGAUGUAGCUGUUACUAAGGAUGAACAAAUAAAGAACAUAUUGACUGGAAAGUACGUUUCUUUGUUUAAACCAGCAUGCAGUUGUGGUUUAAUGUUGAAAUUCUGACCUUGAAUCCUUGCAUUUUUUUUCCUCAGCUGCUCCAAAUAUACUGCUACUGUAGGAAUAAACUCAACUUUAAUCAAAGAAAUUUCCCCACUGUAGGACGAAUAAAGGUAUAUCUUAACUUUGUGUUCAAAUCUUGUAGAUUUGUGAAUCUUAAGUUAAAUGAGACACUUGGAGUAGUUUUAGAAAAGGCAUCAUGAUUAUUGACUCAACGAAUGACAGUACUGUGAAUGUGUCUGUGACAUUUCUGUGAUGUUACACCUGAUUUUUCCUCUUAUCUUGAUCAGUGUUUUGAUCAACUUGUGGAUUUUUUCUUGGUACACUAAUUACUAAUCAACUAAAGCACAGAGAAAAGGGGGUCUAUGAAAAUAGCUUUAUAUUCAUAUAUGUAUUCAUUAUUUUUUAUUUGUGCUUGUAAUUCUGUUUAUGCUGUAGAAAAAAAAAGCACCUACCUUGAAUUAUAUAAAGACAAAAUAAUUAUAUUAAUAUCCUAGUGUUUGCACUUAAGUAAUAUGCUUUGAAUUUUGUAAUUUAAAAUUUUUUUACGACUAAUGUAUUAUCACUAUUUUGGAGUUACCCGUUUUAAAUCCCAUCUACUCUAACCCAGUUAGUAGGAGUUUCUGACCAUACUAAAGUAUGCACGGAAAUGUUGAUGGUAACAUUGUACCAUGAUUAUCUGAUAAACCAAUAAACCAGCUUUGCAGUUUC